AUGGGGCUCUCUCUGUUGGCUGAGGAUGCAUCAGCAGCAUCAUCAUCAGCAGCAGCAUCUCCUGCUGCUGAUACUUAUGCCAGUGAGGGCCCCUCUCUCAAUUGGUGGCAACAACGGCAGCUGCCAGUCUUAGCAUCUGCGGAGAACUCAGGGGUAGUUCUGCUGCUGGGGGGCGCGGAAGGCUCGGCAGCACUGCGUUGCUCCGUCCUUCUCCCACUGCUGCUGCUGCAGCACGGCUGGGCCCCCCAGCCUACUCACAAUCCGUGGGAGCAGCAGCACAUCCUAGUGGCUGUGGAGACGAGCUCCUCAGCAGACUCUGCUGCUGCUGCAGCGAAGGCUUGGGGAGGCGGCUGUUACGCUUCUUGGGUCGCCACACACAAAGGCAUCCUCAGAAGCAGCAGGAGCGCCAGUAAGGACUCAAUCUCCCCGCCUCGUUUAGUGUAUCUUACGACCAGACAGCUUCUGCAGCGGCUUCUGCAGCAGCCGCUGCUACCUGGCUGCUGCGUCGCAGCAGUUGAGGUGUCGCUACAACACAGCUUUAGCACCGAACUGCUUCUCCCGCUCUUACAGAAAGUGCGCCAGAAAAGGCCUUCUCUGCGGCUGCUGUUAUUGCUGCCUCCUGCAUCAGUGCAACCUCAUUGGGCCCUCCAACUGACGGAGUUUUUCGCGGGAGGUGAAGAUCCAGAGGCGCCGGGGACUGGAGUGAUGCCACAAGGCGCGCUGGAUGUCCUUCGGGCUGCAGUGCAGCAGCAACAGGAGCUGCUGCUACGUUUCCUCACUCCCAAAGGAGGCCGGUGGGAUGUAAAACAUCAACAGCAGAAGCACAGUGCGCGGCAGCAAAUAAAGGGGCAGCGCCCCUCUCCUGGCUCACAUGUAAGGGCAACGGCAACAACAACAACGCCGCCGCCCCAGGCGGUAGAGAAUGUGGAACUGUUAGAAAUAAGCAGCAGAAGCAGCCGGAGGAGCAGCAGAAGCAGCAGCAACGUUUCGUGUAUUGCCUCCGAUGAAGUCAUGGUUUUAGGUGUCACCACGGCUCAAGAUCACGACACUCAUGGGCGGUUUUCCAAGCGCAAAAAAACCAAAAGGAAAGACAAGAAGAAACUGCAGCAGCGCCUCAGGAAAGUACAACGGAAGCUUGAGAAAUUCAGCAGCAACAGCGCAAUCAACCGCAACUUGGUAGGAGGAGAAGCCGUCUGCAUACAGACGGAUACUUUGGACGCUUCGAGGCGGCCAGCCCAAUUCGUUCAUGAGGCGUCGCACGCAGUACAUCCAGAGGGGAGCAGCGGCGAAGAGGCCUCUCCAGUGCGGCGGGAUGAUUCUUCACUGGAUGUGGAAGCUAGAGGUGACGGAGCGGCGGAGGCGCCAAAGUGCACGCAGCCAAAAUGCAUUACGCCUGAGGCCUCUGCAACGUCCCUCAGGGGCCAACGGUGCCCAGGAGGGUCUUCUGCCUCCAAGACACGUCUAUUGGCUGUGUCUGUACUCUCUCUCGCCCCGCCAACUCACCCUGUUGCCGUCCGCUACCUUAAAAAACCCACAUCGAACUUCGUCCGCGCAGCCGCAGCAGUCGUGUCGCGGCUUGUUGCUUCUGCUACGGAGGACCCUGCCAGCUGUUCCUCUUUUGGGUCCAUUUUUGUUUUUGUACCAUCGCCCGAAGACGUCACGGCUCUAACAGAGUUGCUCCAGAAGCAUCUGCAGCAGCUGUUGAAGCAGCAGCAACAGCAGCAGCAACCAGAGGAAUGCCCGCAGCGCCCAGUGGAGAUUGUGUGUCUCGCCCCAGAUUUGAGCCCGUCGCUGCCUCCCCCCUCUUCAGCGCUGCGCAUUAUCAUAUCUUCUGGUGUUUUCCCUCCGUGCGUUUCUCCUCAUGCCCUGCCUGUGAAGUUUGUCGUGGACUGUGUAUACACCAGAAAAACCGUAUUUGACUCAUAUUUGCGGCUGAACCGGGUCUGCAAUGUUCCCAUUAGUGGGGCCAUCGCGGAUUUGCGGGCGUCUUUAGCGGGAAGGGCUACGGAGGGGGGAUGCUGCUUCAGGCUAUGUACAGCCGAUGCCUUUGCUGCUGCGUGCUGCCGAGGGGCUGCUGCAUUGGCUGCUGGUUCCGCCACUGCAUAUCGGACCGCCUAUGAAGAGUUUCCUUCUUCGGCCCUGGAUGACAUUGCGCCGUUGCUGCUGCGGCUUAAGGUGUUGGGCAUGCAUUCCCUGCAGCGGCUGCCGUUGCUGCAGCCCCCACCUGCUGCUGCUGUUAGUGCAGCAGCUGAGCAUCUACUGGAGCUGCAGGCAGUAGACGAGAGCGGGCACAUAACCAGGCCCCUGGGGUGGAUGAUGGCUCAAGGGAUACUUUCCCCGGAAUUGACCCGCCUGCUUUUAAUUGCCGCAGAUAAGGCGUUUGGCUGCUCGAUCGAGGCUGCCGCUCUCUGCGCCCUCCUCAGCGGCCCCCCCGUGUGGCAACGGUCUGCGCUGGAGGCCUGCGGCUUCUCAGCCAAAGAGGCCGCGCGGGAUGGAAGCUCUCACCGCGCCUCUGGAGCACGACAGCAGCUGACACUAUCUCGGGCUGUAUUGGGGGCCAUUGAGGGGGACCCCCUGACGGCUUUGAACGUCUUUAACAGCUACAUGGACGUGAAAAGAACAGAAGGGCCUGCAGCUGCCUCCAGGUGGGCCGAAAGACACCUCGUUGACGAGUACGCUAUGUCCAGAGCCGCAAAUAUCCACAGAGCGGUUCUCCAAUGGCUACAACUCUGCCAACUGCCCUGCCUGAGCUGCGACGGGGACUGCAAACCUCUCCUCCGGGCGCUGGCGGCCGCCUUCUGCCUCAACGUGGCCCAAAGGACACACAGGCAUACGUACCGGCUGUAUCGACUGGUUUUGGUGCACUAUGAUUUCAGGCCUGCGUCAUCAACUUCUCCUCCUUUCAUAAUUCAUCCAUCUUCUGUCCUGGCAAACUGCAGGCCAUCAUUUGUGGUAUAUGGACAGGCCUUCAUGCGAGACGGCUGCGUCUACAUGCAACAAGUGACGGCGAUCGAGUCACAGUGGCUGCCAGAAGUUGCUGGUCAUUUGUACGCAGUGAAGGCGUGA